AUGUCAAUAUCAGAGACCUAUGUUUAGAAGAUCCCCAACAUCUUUGAAAUCAACACCCUCCUGAUGAUAACUUUCAUAUUGUUAUUUGUCUGGCGAAUAAUCACAUUGAAGACUAAAGCAUUAUCGAAUCCACUCAAGAUCUUGGGUAUAGCUACUUUGAAACUAAUUCACUAUGUUUCAUCAUUUUAUAGUCUCAUCAUGUUUUCGUUUCUGAUUUCAUACGUGGCAGAUUAAUUGGCCUUUAGGAAUCUUAACAAAAUUAAGUUGAUUCAAUUUUUCUUUGUUAUUAUCAUAUUCUGUUGGGGAACAGAUAUAAAUCUAUUUUCACUUACCCUCGUAACUCUAAUAGAAAAAAUUACUAAAAAAGUCAUUUAAUCACAAUAAAUAUAAAAAGAGGACGAGAUCUCCACUAUUUUAUCAUAUGUGUUAGCUUUGGUCAUAAUUCUCAACAUAUCUAUCUAUGAAAUGCUGCUUUCAGAAGAAUUGGAGGCAUUUAAUAUCAUGGAAUUCCCUCUAUUCAAUUUGUUAAUGAUAGGCUUAUUCAUGUUGGCCUUGUAAAAAAUAACCUACAAUAUCACAACAGAGCAACACAAUAAAUUUAUAGGUGUCAUAAUGUGUCUCUUAUUUUUGAUUUACGAGUUGAAAGAUAAAUUACAUGAUCCCUUCAAUCAUUAAGUGAUGUGGGUAAGUCUCUCAAUAUUAGCUGCCUUAAAUAUCUUUGAGAAUACUGAAGAAGAAUUGCAAUUGAUCUAAAGUAAUAAUAAUAGAGUGUUUGGAGAAGAUGAAAUUUCAUUCUAAGCAUUCAUAAAUCAUUUAAAAAAUAAUUCAGACUCAAAGAAAUUGAUGAUUCAACUCUCCCUCAACUUUUCAUUUAUGUUUGUUGAAUUAAUCUAUGGUUGGAUAAGUAACAGUUUGGGAUUGAUCACAGAUUCACUACAUAUGCUCAUUGAUUCAAGUGCAUUGGCCAUAGCAUUGUUUGCCAGUUUCAUGGCCAAAAGAAAAGCGAAUUCAACCUAUACAUUUGGUUUUGAGAGAGUAGAAAUAUUAUCAGGCUAUGCUAAUGGUGUGUUCCUACUGUUUGCAGUCGUUGAAAUAAUCUCAGAAUCCUUUGAGAGAGUCAUCACUCCUUAGGAAGUGCUGCCUGAAAAAAUGUUGAUUGUUUCAUUCUUAGGAUUACUGGUUAAUGUGAUUGGGUUAUUCUUCUUUCAUAAUCAUGGACACAUUCAUUCAGAAGAAGUGGAUGAAUAAUUGGAAGAAAAACACCAUCAUCAUUGUUCUCAUCACCAUGACCAUAAUCAUAAUUUGUCUGGAGUAUAUUUGCAUAUUCUAGCUGAUGCUUUGGGAAGUGUUGCUUGUAUCAUUUCUGCUUUGCUCAUAUAUUACUAUCAGUUCCAUAUGGCUGACCCCAUAGCCUCCAUCAUCAUCUCUUUACUCAUUCUUACAACUACAAUUACAUUACUGAAAGACACUAGCAAAAUAUUAUUAAUGCAUGUACCAUAUUCAGGAAAGAAGGUUUUAGCUGCUAUUUCUCACGAUUUCAAUCAUAGAGGGUUUGAACCUCAAGAAAUGAAAUUGUGGUAAUAUAAGGAGAAGAAAUUGAUAUUUACUGCGAGAUUCUAAAUCAAAUAAUCAGAUGAAGAUUAAAUUAAAUCUGAAAUAGAUGGCAUUGUUUCCAAACAUAAAGAUGUGAUAAUUAAUGCAAUUGAUUUUGAUUAUGUUGACUGA